AUGGACUCGGCGACAACGUCGGGGGCGAUGGAGCUGGUGGCCGCGCUGCUGCGCGGCCGGGUGCCGCCCGAGCUGAUGGGCGGGGAGGGCGCCGAGGGCCGGGCGCUCUUCGCCACGCUCGCCGCCGCGGUGCUCGGCGCCACGCUCUUCGUGCUCUGGAGGCGCGCCGCCGCCGGCAAGAAGCGCAAGAGGGAGGCCGCCGUCGCGGAGGCCACGCAGGCCAAGGCCAGGGGCGGCGUCAAGGGCGGCGCCGAGGACGAGAAGCCGGCCGAUGACGGCACGAAGAAGGUCACCGUCUUCUUCGGCACGCAGACCGGCACCGCCGAGGGGUUCGCCAAGGCGCUUGCUGAGGAGGCGAAAGCAAGAUAUGACAAGGCAAUCUUCAAAGUUGUGGACUUGGAUGAUUAUGCAGCAGAGGAUGAGGAAUAUGAGGAGAAGUUGAAGAAGGAGAAGUUAGCGUUGUUCUUCGUGGCAACGUAUGGAGAUGGUGAGCCGACUGACAAUGCUGCUAGGUUCUACAAAUGGUUCACUGAGGGAAAUGAGAGGGGUGUCUGGUUAAAUGACUUUGAGUAUGCUGUGUUUGGUCUGGGCAAUCGACAGUAUGAGCAUUUCAACAAGGUUGCCAAGGUGGUUGAUGAGAUCCUAACAGAACAAGGUGGAAAGCGCUUUGUUCCAGUUGGUCUUGGAGACGAUGACCAAUGCAUUGAGGAUGACUUCAAUGCAUGGAAAGAAGCUCUCUGGCCAGAGUUGGAUCGAUUACUUCGGGAUGAAAAUGAUGCCUCUACAGGCACUACAUACACAGCUGCUAUUCCUGAAUACCGGGUUGAAUUCAUCAAACCUGAGGAGGCAGCUCUUUUGGAGAGAAACUUCAGCCUUGCAAAUGGCCAUGCAGUCCAUGAUGCCCAGCAUCCUUGCCAGGCUAAUGUGGCUGUGCGGCGGGAGCUCCACACCCCUGCUUCUGAUCGUUCAUGCACUCAUUUGGAGUUCGACAUUGCUGGAACUGGUCUCACGUAUGAAACUGGGGACCAUGUUGGUGUGUACACCGAGAACUGCCCUGAGGUUGUAGAGGAGGCAGAGAGGUUGUUGGGCUACUCACCAGACACAUUUUUCACCAUCCAUGCAGACAAAGAGGAUGGUACUCCACUAAGUGGCAGUUCUCUUGCUCCUCCAUUCCGCUCCCCAAUCACAGUGAGGAAUGCACUUGCUAGAUAUGCUGACCUUCUAAAUUCACCAAAGAAGACUUCUCUGGUUGCAUUAGCUACUUAUGCUUCAGAUCCUGCUGAGGCUGACCGCCUGAGGUUCUUGGCUUCUGCUUCUGGGAAGGAUGAGUACGCUCAAUGGGUUGUGGCAAGUCAGAGAAGCCUGUUGGAAGUCAUGGCAGAGUUCCCUUCGGCAAAACCUCCACUAGGAGUCUUCUUUGCAGCUGUUGCCCCUCGUCUUCAACCAAGAUAUUAUUCUAUUUCAUCUUCACCAAGUAUGGCAGCAACCAGGAUUCAUGUCACAUGUGCGCUCGUGCAUGAAACAACACCCGCUGGAAGGGUACAUAAGGGAGUCUGCUCAACUUGGAUUAAGAAUGCUGUUCCAUCGGAAGAGAGCAAGGAUUGCAGCUGGGCUCCCAUAUUUGUGAGGCAAUCAAACUUCAAACUACCCACUGAUCCUUCAGUGCCGAUUAUCAUGAUUGGCCCUGGGACCGGUCUUGCACCCUUCCGUGGCUUCUUGCAGGAGAGACUAGCUCAAAAAGAAUCUGGAGCUGAGCUUGGUCAAUCCGUGUUCUUCUUUGGAUGCAGAAAUAGCAAGAUGGACUUCAUCUAUGAGGAUGAGCUGAACAAUUUCCUUGAGCAAGGAGCACUGUCUGAGCUGGUUCUUGCCUUCUCGCGUCAGGGCCCUACUAAGGAAUAUGUGCAACACAAAAUGUCACAGAAAGCAUCUGAAAUCUGGGACAUGAUCUCCCAAGGUGCUUACAUCUAUGUCUGUGGUGAUGCCAAAGGCAUGGCCAGAGAUGUACAUAGAGUUCUCCACACCAUUGUUCAGGAGCAGGGCUCCCUCGACAGUUCUAAGGCCGAGAGCUUUGUGAAGAAUCUCCAAAUGGAGGGCAGAUAUCUGAGGGAUGUGUGGGCUCUCCAUGUGAACAAGGACUCUAUAAAUGUUCAUGCUGGCAGCAAAGUGGUCUCUUUCUUUGUCAAGGGAUGUUGA